AUGGAUUUCGUUCCUCCCGGUGAAUCCUUUAAACCUUGGCAUAGUAAUUUCCUUUACUACCCGCAUUACCAUUAUCCCAUUGUGCCUUUCACUGGUUAUCCUUACAGCAUGGAGAAUCCUGCAAGCAAAACGAAGGGGUUCUUAGGUGGCUGGAGGAGCAAAGUUACGGGGACCGUUUAUUGCAACGCGUGCACGCAGACUGGAGGAAACGAGGGGAAUGUUAGCUCUACAGGGAACGAAGGGAGAAAGGAAAACGAGAAAAGAAGAGUGGAAACGGAUUUCCGCGUGAACAAAUUUACGAACACGGGAUACAACGUGGCUGUGCAGGCGGAAUUCUUCCCUGAUAUUCGCGACAGACUGGUGGGAAGCUCUUCGAAGAACACUUCGAGCGGUUUUACAGGUGAAGAAGAAUCCCCGCUCGAGGAGCGGGUGUCUGUAUCGCAACUACGUGGCGUAAACUCCGCGGCGAUACGGAACAAAAUCUACCCGGAACACCUGUUCAAACGUCCGUUCGACGUUGCCCGCAGAGCUCACCGCGGCGAGCAAACCGCUAUCCGGGCAUGCAGAAGCGUUUCACCGUGCUCUAAGAACACGAGUCACCGGCAAAUACACGGAGAGCCGUCGACCUACCGUAGCCAGGAUUUCGCGAUACUAAACCGCACGUCCCCGGCCACCAGGGCGGACUUCCAGUUGCUCUACAAUUUGCUCGACCGUUGGCGUGUCCGCGAAACGGAGAAAGCUACCCUGCAACUAUUCACCUCGUCCAGAGUCGCGCUGGCCGGUCUAAUCCUGGCGAAGGAGGUGGAACUGCUGCGAGCUAUAGACCGGAUGAAAACGAAGGUGAAAUUCGCGAGAAGAGAGGGAACUUAUAGAAAAUUCUUGGACGAUUCGGCGAGACCUGUUUUGUGGAAGAACAGUCGAGGAGAGAGGAUUCUCGUGGAGACUCCUCGCGUGAGGAAAGCUGGAAGCUUCAAAGAUACGUUCGAGAAAUUGUCGAAAGAAGAUGGAUCAGUUGAUGAACGUAGAAAAAUGUUGAUCGAAUUGAGAAAGGAUAUCGAGCCACAUACGUGUAAAUCUUCCGACGAGUUGAUACGUCUGUUGGAUCAAGAGAUCGAUUUAUUAACUCGUCGCGUUGACGAGAGUAAAUUGAACUGGUUGAGGAGCAGAUCGAAGAUGGCUUUCCUGAGACUAGCCAGGGAAGCAUUGAGGAACGAGUGCGAGGAUUCGAUCCGGCCUGGACGUCGAAUUAUUUGCAGAAGUUGCGGUCGAUUGUUGCCGAUGGAGAAGUUUCCGCGGGACGAACGACGUCGUUCGUUUUCCUGCAAUUACUGUCUGUACGUGAAGGCUCGAACGGUGCCUCGAGUUGUCUACGAACCGUAUCAGAGGCUGUUGCGCGACGUCAGGCGUCGCGAGGCUAACGCGCGUUGUUACAACAGCCUGGCGUUCGUAGUCGAUGCUAAGAUCGUGUACCAUUUGGUGAACGAUAUCUGGCACGGGAAAUCGGCCAUUUCCGAGAACGACCGUCUGGACGAGCUGAGAUUGGCGAGACUUCGCAAAGGGGAAGCGUGGUCACCGUGGAAUUCCGUUCUGCUGACCGCGAGGGAGGCUUCUUUGCACGGGAAGGUCGACGACCUCGAGAAGUUUUACGGGCCGAUGAUACUGCAGAAGUUCCACACGAAGAAUCUGCAGGCCAAAGUUCGGUUCGAGUCCGUGGCCGAAUUUAAAAGCGAGAAGAACAAGUCGGUGUUCUUCGCCGAGUGUGAUUAA